UUGGUUUGUAUCCACGGUUACGUGGGCUCUAAAUCAAUGUAGUUUGUUAUACGUGAAGUGAAGUUUCCCUACGUUUCAAACUUUAUUGUGAGACCUAAUGUAUUUAAAGAUCAAAGCUCUGUUGCAGUUUUAACAACUAGCUAUGAAGAUCCCCUACUGGCCAAUCAUACUUGAUCAUGAGCGGAGACAGAAGAGACACCUUAAGGCUCCAGAGAGACUACAGUGACUCAACCAGAGACUACAGACCCUCAACCAGAGAGACUACAGAGAGAGAUUCAAUCAGAGAGACUCAACUACAGAGAGACUCAACCAGAAACAGCAGAAACCAGACAGAGGAUCAACCAGAGAGAAAAGAGCUUCCAGAGACUAGAUACAUGAUCCAGAGAGACCAGACAGAGAACAAAGAGAGAGCUUAGUUAUGGAGACACAUAACUGUGAUACAUGCGGGAAGAGCUUUUCCUCAUCCAGUAACUUCAAGAGGCACAUGAUGAUCCAUACUGGAGAGAAGCCCUACAGCUGUGACUUCUGUGGUAAAACCUUUCGCCAGUCUGGCCAUUUCACACGUCACCUCAUGAUUCACACUGGAGAGAAGCCCUACAGCUGUGACCUCUGUGGUAAAACCUUUAGCAGUGGUAGCAGUUUCACAAUUCACCGCAGAAUUCACACUGGGGAGAAGCCCUACAGCUGUGACCUCUGUGAUAAAACCUUUAAACAGACUGGGGAAUUGACAGCUCAUCGCAGAAUCCACACUGGGGAGAAACCCUACAGCUGUGACCUCUGUGGUAAAACCUUUAGCCAUGCUAGCAGUUACACAUAUCAUCGCAGGAAACACACUGGAGGGAAGCCCUACAGCUGUUACGUCUGUGGUAAAACCUUUAGCUGUGGUGGCAGUUUCACAGUUCACUGCAGAAUCCACACUGGAGAGAAGCCCUACAGCUGUGACCUCUGUGGUAAAACCUUUAGCAGUGCUAGCAAUUUGACAGUUCACAGCAGAAUCCACACUGGAGAGAAGCCCUACAGCUGUGAUCUCUGUGGACAAACCUUUAGCCAGGGUUCCAAUUUGAAAACUCACAGCAGAAUACACACUGGCGAGAAGCCCUACAGCUGUGACCUCUGUGGUAAAACCUUUAACCAGAGCCUUUCGUCAUCCAGAAACCUCAAGAAGCACAUGAGGAUCCACACAGGAGAGAAGCCCUACAGCUGUGACCUCUGUGGUAAAACUUUUAGCAGUGAUGGAAGUUUAACAGAUCACCGCAGGAUCCACACUGGAGAGAAGCCUUACAGCUGUGACCUCUGUGGUAAAACCUUUAGCCAGGCUUCCACUUUGACAAAUCACCUCAGAAUCCACACUGGAGAGAAGCCCUACAGCUGUGACCUUUGUGAUAAAACCUUUAGCCGUGCUAGCAGUUUUACAGAUCACCGCAGAAUCCACACUGGAGAAAAGCCCUACAGCUGUGAACUCUGUGAUAAAACCUUUAGCUGUGCUAGCAGUCUCAGAGUUCACCACAGAAUCCACACUGGAGAGAAGCCUCACAGCUGUGACCUCUGUGAUAAAACCUUUAGCCAGGCCUCCACUUUGAGAAAUCACCUUAGGAUCCACACAGGAGAGAAGCCCUACAGCUGCGAACUCUGUGGUAAAACCUUUAACCAGACUUGCUCUUUGAGAAAUCACCUCAGGAUCCACACUGGAGCAAAGCCCUACAGCUGUGACCUCUGUGAUAAAACUUUUAGCAGAGCUAACCAUCUCACUGUUCACCGCAUGAUCCACACUGGAGAGAAGCCCUACAGCUGUGACCUCUGUGAUAAAACUUUUAGCAGUGGUAGCAGUCUCACAGUUCACCGCAGAGUCCACACUGGAGAAAAGCCUUACAGCUGUGACCUCUGUGAUAAAACCUUUAGCCGUGGUAGCAGUCUAACUGUUCACCGCAGAAUCCAUACUGGAGAGAAGCCCUACAGAUGUGACCUCUGUGGUAAAACCUUUAGCAGUGGUAGCAGUUUGUCAAUUCACAGCAGAAUCCACACUGUAGAGAAGCCCUACAGAUGUGACCUCUGUGGUAAAACCUUUAGCCAGGCUGGCCAUUUCACAGUUCACCUUAGGAUCCACACUGGAGAGAAACCCUACAGCUGUGACCUCUGUGACUAUUCAGGUAAAACAAAGGUCCAUCUGAAGAGUCACAUGCGUGUCCACAGUAGAAAAAAGCAGUGAUGUCUGGGGCCAAGCUGUCCCAGCAGUCACCACCUGAGAGAACUUCUGUACGACCCACAUUUGAAAGAACUUCCGGUCUACAACUGCUGUUAAACUGCUCCUCCCAAGAUUUAUUCAAUUUUUUUGUCCAACUUUUAUUGAUACAAGACUGUUUAACCUGUGUUACAAACCUUGUCUAGGGGGACAGGCCGUAACACUAGACAAACACACAAGACAGAACACAUGCAUACAGGGCGAGGGACAUAACAGCCUGUAUUCUGCACCUCUCUUUCACCAACUGUCUUCGGAGGAGGGGAGCACUGAUUGUAUGUUAUAUUACAUUGUAUAGCUCUAUUAUAUUUUGCAAUGCAUGCAUCUUCUACAUUUUUAUGUUGUUCAUGAUGUUUAAAUGUAUACUGUAUGCACCUGCCCACCAAAGCAAAUUCCUUGUUUGUGACUUGUUAAACAUGUGCAGGGUGGGAGGCAUGUCCUAAAAUUGACAUCACAAGAAAAAUGUUGUAUCACAGACGGUAAUGGUAAAUCAUUUGUGACUGAGUUUUUCAAAAAAAAUGUAGUCCAUUUGUUUCAAUAGAAUGCAUUUGCACUGGCCAUAAUCUGCCCCACUCGGGUUUACAUGGCGUAGGAUACGGCAGGUUUGUUGCAUGACUGGAAUUGUUCUGCAGUGGUUUUCCAAGGAAAGAGACAUGUAGAUUUCAACAGUACUUUUAUGUGAUCAGAAGAAAUCUUUGUUCCAACAAGUGGUAACAAAUCUACAAUAAACAUUUCACAAUUAUAAGUAAUGUCGGAAGUUGUGUCGUUUAAAAACCGAAUGAUAAAGGCAGAAAACGAUGGUCUAAUCUACCUCAUCUAUACAACACUGAUUAUGAGGAUGCGGAAGAUUGAAUUUUUUAUUUGUAUAGCACUUCUCGCAGAUAAAAUCACUGAUCAAUGAUAGCAACAUUUGCGUAGAUUGUUCGCAAUUUGGGGGUUUAUGUUCCGUACGGUAGUUUUAUGCCAUGCCCGGUGUGAAUGGGGCUGUGACAAAUACAAUUUCUGGAAGGCUCUACUGCAGAUUUCACAGUCUGGUCAAGAUUCAUAUUGUAGGCGUAAUUCAUACCAGCAUAUUUCUAUGAUUAUUUGGGGACUGUCACAACACAGUAGGAUAUGUGAAAACAAACGGGGUAUUUCUAGAAUCACACAAGGACGAUUCAUCUCGGGAAUUACAUGUAUUUAUUUACCCAUAAAACAGUCCACGUAUAAUGUAUUUAAUAAUACUGUUUGAUUAGGAAUAUGUUUGUUAGUGAAAGGGUUAUCCUAUAAGGAUUGAAGAGUGCUGACAGAACUGUCAUCAAUGGUUCAGAGAUCAGAGUGUCUUGGGGGGCAUCAGUCUGUGUAUAUUUGUCAGUUCAAAUGAGAAAAGGGCAUUAGCUGAACUUUUGUUACAACUCUUAAGUUUGGGGAAAGGGAAAUAAGCUGUGAAGAACUCUGAUUCGUAACUCAAACUAAACUCAGAGCUGCUGCGUGUGACAUCAAAUACACUCAGGACUCUGCUUUGUGAAGAGGAGGGUGUAUUUAUGUGAUCUGAUAUGAGAAAUCAGCUGAGUGGGUACACCAAGUACAAACUACAUUCCAGUGACACUAGAAUGCUCUAGUCCAGCCUUUUACUCUGCUGCUCUGAGGAACAGCCCAAGGAAGAGGAUUAGAGUUGGAUAACCCCUUCCCAGGCAACUAUGGUUAUAAAAUACACCUGUAAUCUCUAAUAGACUUUCACAAAUUAUGUGAAUGUUUUCAUUUUUCUCAUCCGCAGCCUAAAGUCAAUUCAAACAUUGUCAGUCACCUAACAUUAUACUUGAUUUCUCUCGUCGUGAAAUAACAUCGUUCACCAUUUUAAAAAAUAGCACCACAAUAAUUCCUACCUAAAUAAAUACUCUUGACAUUUACAGUAAAAAUAUAAAGCAAUCCUGUACUUUCGACAGUUCAAACAUAUUUACAUACAACAGAAAAUAAUGCCAAAACCUACAGGAAAAUAUUUAAAGACUCAAAUUUCAGUCUCACUCCAUGUUAUGUAGAAUAUUGCAAAGUGUACUGAAUUAUGUGUGUGUAUGAUUACAUAUGUUGUGUAUCAAAGGUCUGAAUGGAACAGAAUGGGGAGUACAAUAAGGAGGAUUUUUUUAAAGAUGGGUAACAACUGAAAAUAACCUAGUUAAUCAGUGAGAUGACUGAAAGCUAAAUGACUUACUGACCACAGCCCUCUCAUUAACAGCUUUUACAAUCUAAAAUGAAAACAGAAUGGCAACUAAUACAUACAUCUCUACAUAAUUAUGAAUUAAUGAUACUGAGUUAAGUACUAUACACACAUCAAGAUAGUAAAAUAAA